GAGGCUUUUUGGGCUGGCUGGGCGCUGCUCAGGGACCCGCCUUCUCCCGGAGAGAACAAAACAGCCCCUCUUCUCUGCGGACUUCUGAGCCACGCCAGCCCGGGUGCCAGAAGCAGGACGCCGGAGCGACCCAGGCCAGCCUUAGCCAGGAUGCCAAACUGGGGUGGAGGCAAGAAAUGUGGCGUAUGCCAGAAAACAGUGUAUUUUGCAGAGGAGGUGCAAUGUGAAGGCAACAGUUUCCACAAAUCCUGCUUUUUGUGCAUGGUUUGUAAGAAGAACUUGGAUAGCACUACGGUGGCUGUGCAUGGAGAAGAGAUCUACUGCAAGUCAUGCUAUGGGAAGAAAUAUGGACCAAAAGGCUAUGGAUAUGGACAAGGAGCUGGGACCUUAAGCAUGGACAAGGGUGAAGGAUUGGGAAUCAAACCUGAAGAAUCUCAUCCCCAUUAUCCAACCAACAAUCCUAACGCAUCCAGGAUUGCCGAAAAGGUGGGUGGUGCUGAUGGCUGCCCUCGUUGUGGACAGGCUGUCUAUGCUGCUGAGAAGGUGGUUGGAGCUGGGAAGUCAUGGCACAAAUCCUGCUUCCGAUGUGCAAAGUGUGGCAAAGGCCUGGAGUCUACAACUUUGGCUGAUAAAGAUGGAGAAAUCUAUUGCAAGGGUUGCUACGCCAAGAACUUUGGACCUAAAGGCUUUGGCUUUGGUCAGGGAGCUGGAGCACUUGUCCAUUCUCAGUGAAGAGCUGGAUCCCGAGCAGCUUUGAAGCAUCUUUUCCAGCAUUGUACGCUUUGCCAACGCUGAGCUCAUUCAAUCUGAUCCUUACCAAGAAUAAGGCUAUCUUGCCAGUUCCUAUGUAUUACUAACACAGUAACAAUCUGCUGCUCUUUCUUGCUAGAUGGGCAGCCUUUCAAAGGACCUUAUUCCACAGGUCCUUUGAAACAAUACAGUGGCCUCUCACUUGCCAUGGCUCACAUUAGAAUAAUGGCCUCCUUUAACAUACAUCCAUGCUUUCAGACAUUGUUGAAGUUUCAGACAGCAGCAGAGCACGUCGCUGUUUUUGAAUAUCGAAUAUUGCAAUGGUUUCUUUCAAAAUCUCUUCCCAGUCUUAGCCACCAUAAAUCAUUUUUGUUAGAAUAUAUUUUAUGAUAUUAAGUUACACAUUAACAGUCUCAUCAGUAAGUACUGCAGAAAGUAUCAGUGAUGGUUAAGUGCAAGGAUGAAAAGCUGAGAAUUAAGGAAUUGCCCAGAUGCACAAGUAAAGCACAUUCCUCAAAUUUUAGAAGAAAUAUAGACAGAAAAGUCUUAGCUCUCAAGUUGAACUAAAUGCUACAUUUUCAACAGAAAAUAUGUAUUAAUCAGUGACCACUAAUUCAGGCACUUUUGCAUAUAAGUUUGGAAAAUUCAGUUUGAUUUUUCAAAAUUUCAAAGACCAAAUUUCCAAUUUUUGAAGAUCAAUAUGCAUCUGCUUUUUCCACUGACUGGUGUUUUAACAUUCCUAAAAUGUCUAUGAAUUUGGAGACAAUCCGAAUCCAAGCUUUUCUGGAUUCCAUUUUUUAAAAAACUGGGACCAUUGAUGUCCAGUUUGUUGCUGCUUCGUUUUUGCAUCUUUCCACUUAGCUGAAUAGGCUAUAAUGACUGGAUCCACAUAUUGCACUAAGCUGUAGUGUGUUUUGGUUGAUUUUGGUUUGGUAUGAUGUAAGAACCGAGUCGUCAUAAUUUAGAAAACAUGGUUUGUGGCUUACUAUGAAGUGUAAACUAAGCAAGAUAGCUUGUUCAUUAUAGUAUGGUAAAAACAAACCAUACUGUGGAUUCAGUGCCCUAGAAUGAUGUGUGAAUCCCUAACUGGUAAAAUUAAGAAGAGAUUAAGAUGAAUUGGAAUUCCUUUCUAUAACUACGGAAAGGUAAACAUCAUAGAUGUCUGCAUCUUUGGGACCAGAGUUGACAGUUCCAGUUCUUCCUUUUGUGAAAUGUAGAAGACUCCUUUCACAAUCUGAAGUUUCAGUGGUUUUUUAGUUUUUUAACUGAAAAACUGAAGUGUUACCUAGUUCAUGGACUCAUGUUGUGCUAAAUAGUUUUAGUAUGAGCUUAAUGCACACGUUUUUCCUUUAUAAUACAGCCUAUUAAAUGUUUUAGUUCCCCUUAAGUAAUGAAUAUGGAAUUAAAUUAAAAUGCAAUAAUUCCAUAGACACAUCAGAAAAACUGCAGCAGUAGCAUUUUACAAUUUUCAUUGUUGUUAUUAAGGCUGUCCAGUGCUUUGAAAAUAAUUUAGAAAAGGAGCAUGCAGCAUCCAAGUGCAUACAGAUACAAAAGUAGUAAAUACAGCUAUUUAAACAGACAUGACUUUCCCAAGAUUUCACUACAGUGGCAGAGGGCAGCCAUACAAUCCUGAGAAAAUAUGUGGCUGCUUUAAAAAGUUGUAAACAGGUGCUACAUUUAUGCAUCCCUGUCCUUUGAAGCUUCCUUUUGAAACUGAAUCCAGAAUGUUGCAUAUCCCUAUUACAAACAUAAACUGUGUUCAGAGAAACUUCUGUGCCUUCAAUAAAACAGUCAAA